CUCUCGAGCGCCGCUGUUUGGCCAACACGUUGAAGCACACACCAGGCAGGAAAAAGCACAAGGGGCGUGGCUUUGCGUCUUACGUUCAAUCUGGCGUCACACUGAACUCGGAAUCCUCAGCUGCAGCGUAAACGGUGCAAUGGCUUUAACCCAGGUUUCUUCUAAUAAGUGCAGCGGUGGAUAUCAGAAAGUGUUCGAGCAUGACAGCUCCGAGUUAAAAUGCAAAAUGAAGUUCGCCAUUUACCUUCCUCCAAAGGCGGAGAGCUCCAAAUGUCCAGUGUUAUACUGGCUGUCAGGUUUGACAUGCACCGAGCAAAACUUCAUCACUAAAGCUGGAAGCCAGCAGGCGGCCUCUGAAAAUGGGAUCAUCAUCGUAGCUCCAGACACCAGUCCACGCGGCUGCAACAUUGAAGGAGAGGAGGAGAGCUGGGACUUUGGGACAGGAGCCGGAUUUUAUGUAAAUGCUACCCAAGAUCCUUGGAAAACCAACUACCGCAUGUAUUCAUAUGUCACAGAGGAGCUCCCUCGGCUGAUUAAUUCAAACUUCCCUGCUGAUCCUGAGAAAAUGUCCAUUUCUGGUCACUCCAUGGGAGGCCAUGGAGCUCUCAUUUGUGCACUUAAGAAUCCUGGGAAGUAUAAGUCUGUGUCAGCGUUUGCACCCAUCUGUAACCCUGUGCAGUGUGCGUGGGGACAGAAAGCUUUUUCUGGCUAUCUUGGAUCUGACAAGUCUACCUGGGAGGCAUAUGAUGCUACUGUAUUGGCUGAGUCGUAUUCCGGUCCUGAGCUUGACAUUUUGAUUGAUCAAGGCCGUGAUGACCAGUUUCUUUCUGCAAGUCAGCUUCUGCCUGAUAAUCUCAUCGCUGCCUGCUCCAAGAAGAAAAUCCCUGUGGUUUUCCGUCUUCAGCAGGGGUAUGAUCACAGCUAUUAUUUCAUCUUCUCCUUCAUCAACGACCACAUCAAGCAUCAUGCCAAGUAUCUGAAUGCCUGAAUCAGUGUGACGUGAAUAUGGCAAACAGCCAUUGUGCCUUCCUGUUUCUAACAACAUCCGUCUACACAUCUGGAAAUCGCAUUAGAGCCACAUCUCGAUUGCUUCACUAGCCCUUAAAUUACAACCCUCUGUAUUUUCAUACGGAAUAUUAACAGGCUCACGUUUAGCUGUAGAGAUGUUUAUAUUUCAUUAAAUAAAGGCUUGUGGUUGUGAA